ACCUAUAGUAAAAGGCCUGAGCGCUGUUUUGUGACGUCAUCACUAAUAGAUAGUAUGUACUCCGAUAACACUAUAGAAAUGAAUGAAAUAUUAAUGCACUAGAACGAAAUAAAUACUGAGAACAUUUUAUUUUGCGUUUUGAAUCACAUUCUGAUACUUAAUAAUCAAUUUGAGAUCAAGAGGGAAUGAUUUGAAUGGAAAAAUAAGUAAAUAUAAGCUCAUAAUCAACACUGUUUUUAUCAUUAAAGAUGAGAACUACACUCGUUUAUGAUCUAAUUUCUAAAAGAAUAUCAAGAAAAACUCUGGAGGAUGACAGCUGACAAUGAGGAAUAUAGCAAAGAAGUACAACACAUACAAAUUAUUGUAAAUAUUACCGAAUAUACGCGAACAUAAUCUCCAACUCAAAGACUAAGGUAUACGAAACGAUCACCAAACAUUGCAUACAUGACGGAGAUUUCUCUCGAAAUUCUUUGCAAACAUUGUAUUUAUGCCUGUUGAAAUCCAUCCUAAGUAUUUUGGAAUUUAAAGCUGCUUCAAUUGGUUUGAGAUACUGAUGAUUUCUAGUUUAAUAUCCAUUAUCCAUCAUAGCAGCUUUAGCAUGGCUGGUCUAAGAAGUAGAUUUGAAAAUUAAAAUGUAUUGUAGAUUUUUCUCCAACUUGAUGCGAUUGCAUUGUUCACUAACUACUUAUUUCAUUACAACAUCAUUCCGGUACAACACACUAGUACACAUUAAUUUUCAUUUUAAUCUACAGUUUACAUCACUAUUCAUUCAAAUUACACAACACAAACGAGUCGCAAAAAAUUCAUUUUUGUACACAAAUCAAAUAAACCAACACCAUCUGUAAUUGAAAACAUCAGUACCACAUUACUAGAACACAUUUUAUGACAAAUAUUAAUUGAAUUUCAUAAUUUAAUUAACUUUUUUAACGAAAGUUUUACUCAAUUUCACGAAUUCGCCAUUUAAACAUACGUUAAAAUUCAAAUGGUAAACACAAUCGAGUCAUCUACUUGUGGUGACGUCAGAGCUGAUAAGGAUUCAGCGCUCAGGCCUUUUACUAUAGGUGGUAUUGAAAGAAAACGGCUAGUGAUAACAAAAAUUAAAUUAUUUUCAUAUUUUUGUUUUUCAUUUGAAUAGCUAAAUACCAACUAAGUACUUGAUCGUUUGAUUGUUUCUAGUGAUUAUGUUAUUCAAAUUUUUGCAAACAAAUGAAGAAUUGUGGAACGUUCACGUUUACUCCAUCUCCAUCACCUGCGAACAAGUUCUAUUAAUUACAACCACCAUGUUCAUUUGAUAUAAAAAUAGCCACAUUCUAGAAGCAUGCGAAAGUAUUUCUCAUUGUCAUGGAAUUAAAUCUACGGAAAUUGAACGACGAUGUCAGAGAUAAGCUGCUGAAAGCUCGUUUAACAACUAGCAGCAAAAUCUUACAAUUGACCGAAAACGAGCUCAAGAGAAUUGGCGAUUUUACAGCUGAGGACGUGAAAAGUAUAUUUCUUCUUGCCUCACAAACCACCGUCAAAGCUAUUCCUUUAAACGCUGAAUUGCCGAUGAUAACUACUGGAUGCAAACACAUUGAUGCAAUUUUGGGAGGUGGAUUGCGUCGUUCCAGUGGAAUAAAUGAGCUAUCCGGAGAAAGUGGCUGUGGCAAAACUCAGCUUUGUCUUCAACUUACAUUGACCACCCAAAACCACGAAAUCGUCGGAGGAAUAAAUAAAUCGGUGCUGUACAUUUGCACAGAGGACAGUUUUCCGUCAAAGAGACUUGUACAAAUGAUGGAAAAUAUUCCUCCGCCGUUUAAAAAUCGUUACGAAAUACCGUACGGCGAUAGGAUUUAUAUUGAACACAUUUCUGAUGUGAAUGGAUUGAAAGAAUGUUUAUUUAUGCGUCUGCCUAAUCUACUCAACACUGGAAAAAUUGGAUUAAUAAUCAUCGAUAGUAUUGCAGCAUUAUUUCGAGCUGAUUAUGCUCCUCAAGACGGACUUCAACGUACUAAAGAUUUGCGUAGUGUAGGAUGUCAACUGCAUUCGCUGUCGAAGAAAUUCAACAUUUGUGUUUUGUGUGUCAAUCAGGUUACUUCGUCAAUUUCUACAAAUGAGACCGAUCCUAUUCCUGCUUUGGGACUAGCGUGGGCUAAUUUAGUAACAACGCGAAUUGUAAUGAAAAAAUAUCAGUUUCAAGAUCUCAGAGUAAUUAAGCUGGUUUUUUCUCCUCAUACAGGCCCUGCAUCUUGUGGUUAUACGAUUACGGAUUCAGGAGUUCGAGGAACUGAAAUUUAAAAUUCAUGUCUGUGAUAAUUGCAUAUUAUUUUUAAGAACAUGUUCAUUUUUUUCUACAAAAUCGAUUCAAAACAAAAAAUAACAAAAUGUAAAUAAUAUAUACAUAAUAAUUCUA